AUGCUUGCUAAAAGCUUCGCUGAGUUCAGCGCUUUCGUCCUGGAUAUUGAGGGGACCGUUUGCCCAAUAACAUUUGUUCAUGAUGUCCUGUUUCCUUACGCCAUAAGAGCGCUUCCUCCAUAUCUUGAUCAGCACUGGGAUGAUACUGGGUUUGCUCAAUACCGCAAUGAGUUCCCUGAAGAGUGCCGUAAUGACCGUUUGGCGUUGGAGAAACAUGUCCGAGACUUGGUGGCUGCCGAUAUCAAAGCCCCUUACUUAAAGGCUCUUCAAGGUCUUUUGUGGCAGGCUGGCUAUGAUUCGGGGGAACUAAAGGCUCCUAUAUUCCUGGACGUGGCUCCCUUCAUCAUCGCAGCCCAUAGUGCUGGGAAAAAGGUUAUCAUUUACUCUUCUGGAUCCGUUCCGGCACAGAAACUCUUUUUUGGUCACACCACCGCUCAACCAUCCGAUCUGUCGCCAUUCAUAUCCAGCUGGUUUGACACUGUCAAUGCAGGCCCCAAAACGGAUAAAAACAGUUAUGCUACGAUUUUAUCCACUCAUUCGGACAUUGAGGCUUCCCGGUGGCUCUUUUUGAGCGACAAUCUUAACGAAGUCAAGGCCGCCCUUGCAUCGGGGAUGUAUAGUCUUCCGGUGUCUCGGCCAGGAAAUGCACCUUUGUCUCCUGAUAGUAACUUAUCCAGCAUUGCGAUUUCUGAUUUUUCACCGGGGUCUGAAGCCAAGAUCCAAGAGUCUCUAGCUGCGUUAGCAGCAGCCAGGAAAGGUUGA